CGUACGUUCCGGUAGUUUUACUCGUGCGCGGUUAAUAAUUUAGUGUUGCUCGUUUUCUUUGUACCUCGUGUACGGUCAACAUCGUGUUAAAAGCCGAUAUCAGAUAAUAUUACUGUAAGGUGAUAGAGCGUGUGAGAUAAUUAUAAUAAAUCAUUAGUGAGAUUUGAAAGAACGUUGGUGAAAGAGUGGUGUUGUUCCAGCGAUCUCUUCUAUCCAAUAAUUUUUUUCAUACAUCAAAUUUUUCCGUCUAUUACGAAAGUACAUGAUACCCAGAUUGUUAAGUCACCGAAUUCUGUUCUAAGAAGGAUGUUUGAUCGCGACACAGCGAUACAUCUCAUUGCUGGAGGUGUUGCUGGUACAACAGGAGCCAUAGUGACCUGUCCUCUCGAAGUGGUUAAGACGCGUUUACAAUCCUCUUCGUCUCGUUUUCAACCGCCACCAGUGAAUAAAGAAUUUACGUCCGGUCAUGUCACGUGUAAGAGUUUUCCAACGCCGGAACAAAGAAGGAGAUUGUGUACAGGAGGCUAUCCAAGGUGCUCCUUCCUAGCUCUUUCACAUUGUGGCGUAUCGACGCCAUCAGGUGGUGGUCCACACGCUUAUCCAACACCCGGUAUUUACCAGUGCAUAAGAUACAUCAUUAAGAACGAAGGUAUACGUGCCCUUUUCCAGGGUCUUGGUCCAAAUCUUGUUGGUGUAGCACCUUCCAGGGCGAUCUACUUCUGUGCAUAUUCGAAAAGCAAAGUUGCUUUUAACAAAAUACUACCUCCCGACACUCCGAUAGUGCACGUAUCUUCGGCAUUUUGCGCUGGUUUCGUGGCGUGCACGUUGACAAAUCCUAUUUGGUUUAUCAAAACCAGACUUCAGCUGGAUCAUCGAACAAACAAAAUCACUGCGAUGGAAUGUAUGCGGAGGAUAUAUCGACAGUCGGGUAUCCGAGGAUUUUAUAAGGGUAUUAUGGCGUCCUACGUAGGUAUAAGUGAGACUGUGAUACACUUUGUGAUUUACGAAGCUGUAAAGGCAUGGCUUAUGGCGACAAGGACGGGAGUUUCUUCAAGGGAGGACGAGAGAAAAACGUUCCGUGAUUUUGUAGAAUUUAUGGCAGCUGGUUCAUUUUCUAAAACGAUCGCAUCAACGAUCGCUUAUCCUCACGAAGUGGCAAGAACGCGUUUGCGUGAGGAAGGUACAAAAUAUCGAACGUUCUUACAAACGUUGAACAUCGUAUAUAUCGAGGAAGGAACAAAAGGUUUAUAUCGUGGACUUGGAACUCAUUUAAUAAGGCAGAUCCCAAAUACCGCUAUAAUAAUGGCAACUUAUGAAGCUGUAGUCUAUAUCCUCACGCAACACUUCCAUUCGACCGCUGUAAAUGCAACGAACGCGACGACACAGUUUUAUGCAGAGGCUAAGGCAAAGAGAGAGCUUGCCUAGGAUUUGCUAACGGCCCCUGAAUAAAGGGCCUUCAUUCUAAAUGCUAAUGCUAAUGCUAAUGCUCGUGCUUUAGAAUGACGUUUCAUCAAGUCUUCGUCAUCCUUACCUUUAUCAUCGAGGAGAGAUUAAGAGACAUCAUGUGUUAAAUGAUGGCGACGUCUUUUGGAGCGUAAUCGGAUAAUUUUUACAUUGAAGGUAUUACCGAAAGAAGACACCACGACAUAGAAAGCCUCAGUGCCCUAGAAAGUCUAGCAAAAAAAAGUAGUCCUUCAUCCUUUCAGGUAGACCAUACGCAUACGCAUGGAACCCUGUGUUGUGUUGUGUACCUUCCGCCAAACUGGAAUUACCAACUGGGCCAGAUUUAAUGCUGGAACACGAUGUGCUGACAUACAUUGCUUUUUUUUCUGUCUCUCUCUCUCUCUCUCUCUCUCUCUCUCUCUUUCUCUUUCUCUUUCUCUCUCUCUCUCUUUCUCUCAAUACAUACACACACAUACACAUACAUGCACUAUCGAUGAAAGUACAUUUUUUAUCUUUGACCGAGAGAUUGAAGAUACGAUAAUAUUAUAUUAUAUAUUAUGACUCUUUAGAGAAACUAUAUUUUUGAAUACUUUAGAAUUUUCUAUUUCUUUUUGCAGCGCUGCUCCACUGUCACAUAUAUUUCAAAGUAAUCGGCAAACUAUAAGCGAAAAUUUAUAAAUCGUUAAAUUUUCUUAAUGGGCCCAUUUUUACGGUUCUUUACGAUUACGUUGUUAUUAUAUUUGUUUGUAUAUGAUGUUUUAUUGAAAUGCUUUUUGCAAAAUGAA